AUGUUGUCCAACGUUGCCACCGAGUAUAAGCUCAAUUCCCCAGAGGAUUGGGACGAUUGGCAAAACAAACUUCUCAAUCGGGCCAGAGCCAAUGAUCUUCUUCCUAUUCUCCAGGGAACUGAGAGACCAAUCAAGAAACCUGUUCGACCAAAGAUACAAGACUAUCUACCUGAAUCCCAGAACACUACACAAAACCGUGUAGGUGCAGCUCAAGGAACGCGUCAGAACUCUGCUCAAUCAACCCAAACCACCACGACUGAAGAUACAACUGAUGAUCGUACUGAGCAGAGGGUAAGAAAUGACUUCAACCUACGUCUCAAUAACUACAAAAUGGAGUUCAGUGAGUGGGAGGUUCAGCGUAGAGACAUCGACAAAAUCUUUGAAUGGAUGAAGCGGACCGUGUGCCACAGCUAUCUUAAGACCUGUGUACACGUGACACACAGUUGGAAGAAAGCGUACAAUAACUUAAAGAUGCAACGACGUAUACGAGAUGACUAUAACCAGCACAUGAAACCUUUCAGAGGUACUCCGCGAGAUCCGGAGGCUUGGUUGAUUAAGUGGGAAGAAAUCAUGCUUCAAGGAAAGAAGAAAUCCAUGUCCUUUGCCCAAGAUACGGAGGACUGGGCAUCUAGGUUUCUCGAAGCUAUUCGACCACUAGAUGAGGCGUGGGUAACGUCUUUUGAGCACUCAAUCGAUCCAAAGAUUGAUGACAAAUCUCUUACCUAUAAGGAUCUGUCAAAUGGCUUCCGGAGACUCAUCCCACGACUCCGUACAAAACGACAAUCCCGUAUAAUAAAAGGCUCUUUCGCCACUCAUCUGAGUAAGAGCGACGACAGCGAAGAAGAAAAUGAAGAAAGCUUGCAGCGAGGGAGAGCUGUGGAGCGUGGUCAACGACGUUCGCAAUCACAAUCAUUUGAAGGAGGACAGCGCAGCGGAUUUGCUCCAGAUAAAAGAGGUGGACCUAAACCGACCUGCCCUGCAUGCGGAGGCAUGCACUUUAUUGACUUCUGCUUCUAUAUUUUUGGUUAUAAGGCUCCUCAAGAGUUUGAGCCAAGACUUUGGCUUCAACAAAGAGCCGAUAGAUGGCUUAACAGCAAUGCACUAUUAGCAAAAGAGAACAGGGACAAGCUCCUUCUCAAAGGAAAGAACGAUCUCGCUCUAGAAGUCGAUCCCAAGAGCGACGAGAACCUAUAA